AUGCCUACGUUUACGCCAGCAGAAAUGAACCACCACAUCAAAGAUUCUGAAAAAAGAGAGGGAAAUGCAGAUCAUCAUUCUAUCCGCACAAACUUGAGGAAGGCAAAGACAUUUUUAAAGGAUGUGUACCUCAGAGAUAUAGAAGCAAACAGUUAUCAAAGGUACUUUGACAUGAGAGCAAAUUGCUACCAUAGCUUCAGAAAGAAAGAUGCUCCCCACAGUCUUUGAUUUGUGCUUUGCAUCGUUUUAGGUCAAGUUAUGCAUGCCAACUGUUUAUGUAAAGCUGGAAAUGUGAGUAAUUGCAAUCAUGUUCUUGCCUUACUGUUUAGAGCAUGCAAGUUUAGCUUUUAUGACAGCAAGAAAACUGAUGACCUGA